AUGUCGCUUCCCGUACGUGCUGCUGGCGGAGGCCAGUCGUCCGAUGCAGCAAGCCAAUUCCUCCUCACACCUUUUUCAGAUGCGGUGCUGUCCCACCUCAUCGUGGCCUACGAACAGAUGCCGCUCGAACAGCGGCAGCAAUACCCAGACGAGUCGUCUUUCCUGAGACAUAUGGCUUCGGACAACUCUGCUGCAAUGUCGAUGCCCCUGAACAAUGAUCUUACUUAUCCGUUGUCUUCGUACUUUAUAAGUUCCAGUCACAAUACUUAUCUCUCGGGUCACCAGCUCUACGGAGAAGCCAAUGUGGAGGCCUACGCCAACGUCUUGAAGAGAGGUUGCCGUUGUCUGGAGAUUGACGUCUGGGAUGGUGAUGACUCCGACACUAGCAGUUCGGACGACGAGGACGACCAAGCAGACGAGCACCAUGAUCGUGGUACGGACAGUAAAACGAAGUCGUCUCGCUGGAAUAGGGUGAAAGCUCGCGCAGCGAGAAUGAGAUCACGUUCUCGUUCAGGUUCUCUGACCGAUCGCAGAAAGUAUCCAUCUUCCACGGCGACUCACCCUGCAGACCUCCACACUCCCAGCGAAACGGAUGCAACUGCCAGGCAAACCGAGUUGCCAGCGCAGAACAGGGAUUUCCUAUCACCCCAAAUUUCACCUGCAUUUCCACCAAAAGUCGAACCUCGUGUACUCCAUGGAUAUACCCUCACCCAGUCAAUAACCUUCCGCUCCGUCUGCCAUGCUAUCAGAGACUGUGCAUUUGAAAGCACAGAUCUUCCUCUGAUAGUGUCCCUAGAGGUGCACGCCUCGCUUUCGCAGCAGGAAGUAAUGGUCGAGAUCAUGAGAGAAGUGUGGGCUGGCUUUCUUGUCGACAUCACACAGUGUACAAAAGAGCUGAACCUUCCAUCGCCAGACUCGGUCCGAAAGAAAAUCUUGAUCAAGGUCAAAUGGGCCCCGAACAGUGAAACCGGAGACUCUAACAACCCCCUUGAGCAUGUCGCUUCACGAUCGACUGACGGAGGCACUGAAGACAGUACGACCGUCUCGCCGGAGAAGAAGAAAGCCUCUAAGAUUCUGAGUGCUUUGUCUGAACUCGGUGUCUACACUCGGGCAUACAGUUUCAAGCAUUUUUCGCAACCGGAAGCGUCUAUUCCUACGCAUGUGUUCAGUUUGUCAGAAACCAAGAUGUUCCAAAUACACGGAGAUCCGGCAUAUGGUCCUGCGUUGUUCGACCAUAACAAGAAUUUCCUGUUGCGGGUGUUCCCUAAAGGAACAAGGAUAAAUUCGUCCAAUGUCGACCCAACAUUUCACUGGCGACAGGGCGCUCAAAUGGUGGCUUUGAACUGGCAAAAGAUGGACAAGGGAAUGAUGCUCAAUGAGGGCAUGUUUGCAGCAACUGGUGGCUGGGUCCUCAAACCAGAUGGUUAUCGCUCCACAAACCCCAAGUCAAAGGACAAGCCGGUACCGCCUCAAAAAAGACGUCUUGACCUUGAGAUUGCUUUCCUUGCCGCACAAAGAAUACCGUUGCCUGCAGACAAAGAUCCUGCAUUUGCUACCAAAGUCAAACCUUAUGUCAAAGUCCAACUUCAUGUCGACACUCAUGGGCCUCCUGGAGAAGCCAAAACUAUCAAGCCUAAUUCCGGCAUACCACAUGACUCUGGCUCCUACGCGUCUGACGAGAGCGACCAAACGACGUACAAAUGGAGAUCGUUGACGUGCCGCACCGACUGUCCGGACUUUGGCGGCGAAAGGCUCAAGUGGCAAAACGUACCCGACGUUGUUGACGAGCUUAGUUUUCUCAGGUAUGCUAUUCUUCCUUACGUUUCAUUUCUCAACCUCGAAUUCCCUUGUUCUGUAUUUCCAUGA